AUGGCGAUGUGGAGAAGCUGGACCGUAGACCUGGCCGUCGUCCUACUGGUGCAGCCGAGGAUCGCACAGAAAGGGAAGAGCAUCUCCGUCCCAGAACACGGUUUCUGUCAGCCCAUUUCCAUCCCCAUGUGCAUGGACAUUGCCUACAACCAGACCAUCAUGCCAAACCUUCUGGGCCACACCAACCAGGAAGAUGCAGGGCUGGAGGUCCACCAGUUUUACCUGCUGGUCAAAGUCCAGUGUUCCAUAGAUCUGAAGUUCUUCCUUUGCUCCAUAUAUGCUCCUGUUUGUACUGUUCUGGAGCAGGCCAUUCCACCUUGCCGGUCCUUGUGUGAAAAGGCCCGGCGGGGUUGUGAAGCACUCAUGAACAGAUUUGGCUUUCUGUGGCCAGACAGGCUGCAGUGUGAAAACUUCCCCAUCCAUGGUGCAGGAGACAUCUGCGUGGGCCAGAACACGUCUGGCACCAUCAGCCCCCCUUCAGAUCCAACACCUAACCCCUCUGAGCUCAUGACCUUCAAACCAUACUUAGGGCACUCCAGCCACCACUUUACAUGCCCACAACAGCUUCAGGUGCCCAGCUAUCUGAACUACCAUUUCCUUGGGGUGAAGGACUGUGGUGCCCCCUGUGAGGCAUCAAAGCCUCAUGGAUUUAUGUAUUUCCAUGAGGAGGAGUUAAAAUUUGGUCGGCUCUGGGUCGGCAGCUGGUCAGUUCUUUGCUGUGUGAGCACCCUGUUCACAGUGCUCACGUACCUGGUGGACAGGAGGCGGUUCAGAUACCCAGAGAGGCCAAUUAUCUUCCUGUCAGGCUGUUACUUCAUGGUGGCAGUGGCGCACACCCCUGGCUUCCUGUUGGAGGACAAAAUAAUUUGUAUUGAUAUGUUCAAGGAUAACUCAUACAAGAUUGUGGCUCAGGGCACCAAAAAAGAAGGCUGUACAAUUCUCUUCAUGAUCCUUUACUUCUUUGGCAUGGCAAGCUCCAUCUGGUGGGUCAUCCUGUCUCUCACGUGGUUCCUGUCAGCAGGAAUGACAUGGGGUCACGAAGCUAUUGAAGCCUACUCGCAGUACUUCCACCUGGUAGCGUGGGCAGUGCCAGCAGUCAAAACCCUCACCAUCCUGGCCAUGGGGCAGGUAGACGGGGACCUGCUCACCGGGGUAUGUUAUGUGGGCAUCACCAGCGUGGAUGCUCUGCGGAGCUUCGUUUUGGUUCCACUCUUCGUCUACCUCUUCAUUGAGACUUCGUUCCAGUUGACAGGCUUUGUAUCAUUCUUUCGGAUAAGUGCCAUCAUGAAGCUUGACGGCACUGAAACUGAAAAGCUGGAGAAGCUGGUUGUGCGGAUUGGUGUCUUCACCAACACAGUGCCCGCUGCCAUCGUCAUUGCCUGCUGCUUCUAUGAGCAAGCAUUCCGCAAGCACUGGGAGAUGACCUGGCACCUGCAGACGUGUAAACACUUUGCUGUGCCGUGUCCGGCUGAAAACUUUGCACCGAUGACACCAGAUUUUACAGUCUUUAUGAUCAAGUACCUGAUGACCAUGAUGGUAGGAAUCAUGUCCAGUUUCUGGAUCUGGUCAGGGAAGACGUUGCAUUCAUGGUGCCAGUUCUACAAGAGGAUCAGCAACAACAACAGGUUUGAGGGGGACUGA